GCGUGGCAAUGCUGCUAGCGUGGUAAUCCGCUCACUGGCCUGGUAGGUCACACAGAAAGACAGUCAUCGCAUACUAUUAGUCGUUAUGGCUGCUGUGGCAAAUAAAUGGCGAGUUUUGUUUAACUUUUUCACAAAAGCCGAGGCACCGACUGGCUAUGCUACAUUUAUGGACUCUUGGUGGGAAACAGCCACAUUUGUACAGAAUACGAAACAUUUUGGAGUGACUCAGUUGCAUAGAAACCUGGACUCGGAAGCUCUAUAUAAGUUCGUCAACUAUGCAGGAUUUGACAGUGAUGAUUUUGAUGGUUUUAAGCCUCCAGCGGGAGAAUGGCUUAAAAUGAUGCAGAAAACUAGUGGUGGAAAUGCUAUCGAAGCUCACCCAGGUGGAUAUCGUGAGAUUGGAACUGCAGACGGACAGCAGUGGGCCCCAGCUCUUGCAAAGAGUGACAACUCGGUGUUUCUGAUCUCAAAUUACAAGGUUGAAGAUGAAUCGGAUCCAAGGAGGAAGGACUUUGAAGAUGACUGGAUGAAAGCAUCUGGAGCCCAGUUCAUAAUUGAAAAUGUGCCAAAGUCUCUAGGCCUAGGCAGCAUCGGGAUUUACCGGCGCUUUACUAUGCGCAAAAAUUUUGCGUACGUCCUCCGUGCCGAACUUACAGGUGUGGGGUCAGAUCUUACUGAAGCGUGGGACUUUGUUGGAAAAGUUCGUGCUCAAAGUAGUCCUGACGUAAUCUCAGAAGUGAAUACCUCUCUGUAUAAGAUCAUGCCAGAAACUAUUCUGUUCCAUGCAGACAAUAAGUUCCCGAAACCAAAUUAAAUUCAAUCACGAUUUUAAUUAUCUCAUAGUAUGAGAAAUGUAAACACUCUAGUAGGACAAAUCGUGUUUACUUGUUGAUGAAGCUGAUUAAUCUUUUGCAAGUCAUCAAAAAUUUUUAUUAGAUAUUAUGUUUUUAUUACAAAUGGAAUAGUAAAGGCUAUGGUAUUAGGCUAUAAUAUUGAUGACUUUUACAUUACUGCGGAUGAAUACUGUACCUGUAUAGGCAUAGCGUAUACUUGUAUUGUUUAACAAUGAUAAAGGAAAUAAACAAAGUCUUUCAAAUAA